AUGGAUUCCGAGGAUAGUUGUUGCCUUGCCCGCCUGGCAGACGGCGAGUUAAGGGAAAAAGCGUUGCUGUGGCUUUCCUGCGACAAGAAUCCGAGAACACUGGAAGAGGCAAAGCACCUCUUGGCUGAAAAAAGCGAAUGCGAGCUGAAGGAGCUCUUUUGCAGAAAAUUAAAGUUCGGAACGGCUGGGCUUCGCGCGCCGAUGGGUGCCGGAUACAGUCGCCUGAACGAUCUUACAAUUCAGCAGGCAUCACAAGGGUUUUGCGUCUACCUCCUUAACCGUCACGGACAAAUGGAAUGCCGAGAUAGGGGAAUCGUCGUUGCCCGAGACAACCGACACAACUCCGAGCAAUUUGCUAACUUGGCGGCAGCAACGUUUCUGAGUCGAGGAUUCCGCGUGUAUCUUUUCGGGCAGCCGGUGCAUACGCCUCUUGUCUCGUUCGCUCUGCUACACUUGAAGUGCGUGGCUGGCAUCAUGGUGACUGCCUCCCACAACCCAAAGGAAUACAAUGGCUACAAAGUAUACGACAGCAAUGGGGUGCAGAUUAUCCCUCCUGUCGAUGCACAUGUUGCCCAAGCAAUCGACCAGAACCAGAUGCUUUGGCCUGAGGUAGAGGAGUUCUUCAAUAGAGAGACGCGCCUCUGCCGCUCCUUCCCCGGAGAUGCAGACUUACUUCAAGACCCGCGGGAAAGUAUUGUCGAGGCGUACAUGUCUGCAGUGUCUAGAGACCUCUGCAUGCGACGCAAGGAGACGGCUCAGAGCAACCUCAAAGUCGUCUACACUCCACUGCAUGGAGUAGGCCUCCCCUUUGCAACAGAGCUUUUGGCAAGAUUCGGAUUCUCAAAGGGUCUUUUACCUGUUGAAGCGCAGUGCGACAUGGACCCUAACUUUUCAACUGUUCCUUUUCCCAACCCGGAGGAGAAGGGCGCCCUCGAUUUGGCCCUCCAGAAGGCAACAGAGGCGGACGCAAAUAUCAUCAUCGCAAACGACCCAGACGCUGACAGAUUUGCAUGCGCCGAAAAAUGCCACGGUUCGUGGCACCAAUUCACGGGUGACGAAGUGGGAAUAAUCCUCGCAGCGUACUUGGCUGACACGCGAGCGGCGCAGGAAACGGCGAAGCAGAAAAUGCUCUUCGUCACUUCUAUGGUGUCAUCGAAGAUGCUCAAAGCCUUCGCUGAGGCAAACGGCUGCGCAUUUGAGGAGACGCCUACAGGACUGAAGUGGAUGGGCAACAAAGCGGCAGAGCUCGAGGCAUCUCGGGGGCUGCUGCCGGUUCUGGUGUAUGAGGAGGCCCUAGGGUAUGCCGCCUGCCCCCUGGUAAGAGACAAAGACGGGGUGUCUGCUGCUGCUGUUUUAGUGGAACUUGCGUGUCUAUUGUACGCAAAAGGCAGUACUCUGUCUUCCUAUCUCGCGUCUCUUCGCGCCCGCUACGGGUACUUCAUAACGAACAAUGGAUAUAAGCUGGCGCAGCCCCCGCAGCAACAGAAGGCGCUAGCGUGGCUCUACAAUGGGGGCCAGUACCACCCGACCUUUGGGAGCUUCAGGGUAGAAAGUGUGCGAAAUAUUGCGAUGGGGACGGACUCGGCGACUCCAGACGGGCGUUGUCUUUUCUCCAAAGAAGCGGGAGAUAUGAUAACUCUCCGUUUUCACAACGGAGCCGUUGUAUCACUCAGACCCAGCGGGACCGAGCCGAAGCUGAAAUGGUAUGCAGAAAUUUGCAGCACAGAAGGAGACGCAGAAGCACGAAAGAAUGAGCUAGAAGAGCUCGUGCAGGAGGUGGUGAAGGCGUUGCCUUUCGAUGCAUAG